UGUUUAUGUGAGUUGAAAUUCAUCGAAAAUCGUACUGUUGUGAUAUUAUCUGUUUAGUCUAUUACGACACGUUGAUUAUACACGUAAAUUAAACAGAUGGACAUAAUUUAAGCGACCAUUCUGUAUUCAAGUUUGAAUCUGAGGCUGCUUAAAAUGAGGAUUAAUGAAGAUACAUUACUGGAGGGGGAGAAGGUUGUAUUAGUACCUUACAAUGCAGAUCAUGUUCCCAGGUAUCAUCAGUGGAUGUGCUCUCCUGAACUGCAGAAGCUGACUUCAUCAGAUCCCCUGACACUGGAGCAGGAAUAUGACAUGCAAAGAUGCUGGAGAGAAGAUGAUGACAAGUGCACCUUCAUCAUCUUGGAUAAACAGAAAUGGGCAGAUCCGAGUAUACCGGAGCAAGAGUGCAUGGUGGGAGAUGUUAACAUUUUCCUCACUGACCCCAGCGAUCCUUCCCUGGCUGAAUUGGAGAUCAUGAUUGCAGUUCCCUGCUACAGAGGAAAGGGACUUGGGAAAGAAGUAACACGCAUGAUGAUGUGCUACGGUAGGACAAAGCAGGUGUUUAAAGAUCUAUUAUUAGUAGUGACUACUUUAUAUGUACGUAUUUUCUGUGUGUGUGUAUUUACCUCAACAGGUGUCCAUAAACUUGGAAUUCAAAAGUUUGAAGUCAAGAUUGGUUUGGAUAACAAAAUCAGCAUUGCCAUGUUCAAGAAAUUCCAUUUCCGAGAGCUCUCCAUCAGUGAGGUCUUUCAGGAGGUUAUUCUUGGGGUCACUGUGAAUGAGGCUUUACAGAAGCAUGUUUUUGGAAACAUGGACUUCAUGCUGCAGAGGGAGUAUGGGAAGGCACGGGACAGCAGGCAGGCACCGUUCACACCAUUAUCUCUGUGAUGAUGGUUUGUAGAAGAUUAUAUGAAAAGAGAAAAACCCCACAGUGCAUCUCAAUAUGAAAUAUUAAUCACUCAUCGUGCCACAGAAAGCUGAGGCAACUCUAGUAGCGUUUAUCACAUUCUUAUGUGACUAAAUAUUUCUGAAUUUUUCUAAUUCAGAAUUAAAUGUGAUGACUCAACACUGAUCAUUCAAUACUGUAUUGUUAGAAAUAAUAUUGUAUUGUGAUUUUAACUUCUUAAGGCAUGGAAAUCAAGAAACUGUACUAUUUAAAAAAAAAUCUAAUUUAGACCUUUUAAUUUGCAUACUGCAUGUUGCAAUAAUUUAUGUAAGAAAACAGAUAGAAAUUAUAUUUGUUAUAUUUUUGUUGCUUGUAAUAUUGUAAAUCUUUGUGACUAUACACAAGAUACUAAUCAGUUUGUCUUUCAUGUUGGUUAUUUGUGUUGUAGAAAAUUUAUGGCAUUUAUCGUCCUUGCAACAAUAAAAAAUACAGUCGUGAAACUAA